GGACUGGAAAAACCUUGUUGACUAUUGCUUUCCUCCGUUCGUACAUGGAGAUAUUCAGAGAUUGUAGACCUGUUCUUAUUGCACCAAGCAGCAUGCUUCUUACAUGGGAGGAAGAAUUCAAGAAAUGGAAGGUUGACAUUGCUUUUCACAAUAUUAGUUCUGUGGAAUUCUCAGGGAGGGAAGACGUUGCAGCUCGAAAGCUGGUGAAGAACAAACGAGACGCGAAAUUUAACCGUCUGGUGAAGAUUCUCUCUUGGAGUCGUGGAAACGGUGUCUUGGGAGUUAGCUAUCAACUAUUUGAAAAGCUUACUGCAGACAGAACUGGGGGGAACAAAGAAGAUAAAGAGAGUGAGGAAAUCAGGAGAAUUCUACUCAAGAAGCCUAACUUGAUAAUUCUUGAUGAAGGUCAUACACCAAGGAAUACAACUAGUAACAUUUUCAAGUGUUUGAAGAAUGUGAAAACGGACAGGCGGGUAAUUCUAUCAGGCACUCCAUUUCAGAACAACUUUGAUGAGCUUUUCAACACUUUGUGGUUGGUAAGACCAAAAUUCGCUGACAAGAUCUCCAGCAAAAGAAACCAGACUCGAAAGAAAAAAUCAAAGACCCUUGAAAGUGGGGAGCAGUCAAGAGAAAUAUGGGCUUCUUUUACCAGUUCUAUUGGCAAGAACUCAGAUGUUGGAGUGGCAGAGAUAAGGAGAAUCAUUGAGCCUUUUGUGAAUGUUCAUACAGGAAGCAUAUUGCAAAAAAAACUUCCUGGUUUGCGGGAAUGCGUAGUUGUUUUGCACCCAACAGAUUUGCAGAGGCAACUUCUAGAUGAAAAACAUGCAGGUAAUAUAUGUCGGAUUUCUCGCUUCACUAAAGGAUAAAGAAUUCAUUUGAAGUAGAACGUGCAGUAGCAUUAACCUCUGUGCACCCAUCAUUGUUGAUUAAGUGCAGUUUGGCAAAACAAUCAAAUCAUCAGAAGUGUGUUGUCAAUACACUCAUUAAGAAAAAUCAGUGUAUCAAAGAGGAUGCUUUCAGGUUGAACUUUCAUGAAGGAGUCAAGACAAGGUUUCUUAUGCAACUCAUUAAGCUCAGUGAUGCGAUGAAUGAGAAAGUUCUGGUAUUCAGUCAAUUCCGUCAUCCCAUUGCGCUUAUAGAGGAGUAUCUUCAUUCCGCUUAUGGUUGGAGAAUGGGGGAGGAGAUACUGCAGAUGGAUGGGAGUCUCGAUGUGAACAAAAGACAAGCUCUGAUUACUCGUUUCAACGAUCCCGGAAGUCAAGUGAAGGUAAUGCUUGCAUCCAUAAAAGCUUGUGGAGAAGGUAUGAGUCUGAUUGGUGCUUCAAGGAUUGUGAUGUUGGAUGUUGUUUGGAACCCAUCAGUCACAAAGCAAGCUAUAAGCAGAGCCUAUUGAUUGGGCCAGAAGAAGGUGGUAUAUACUUAUCAUCUCAUUACUUCAGAGACAUCAGAAGAAAACAAGUACUGUCGACAAGCUCACAAGAAUCAGUUGUCUCAGCAGAUAUUUUUCGCCGAGCAAGGGAAAACAGAAAAUCCAGACAACAAUUCGUCAAAAGUAUCAUCAGAUGAUAAAAUUUUAGAAGUGAUGCUGGAGAACAAUGAGCAGAAAGACAUGUUUAAGAAGAUUAUAUACCAGCCAAAAGAGUCGAUCCUGCUUGAGACUUUUGGGGCAGUACCAUCAAGACUGGCAUGAAAUGAAAUGGUGUGUGUUGCUGCUGUGGCUUAGUUUUCUGGUGUUCAUAGCAUAUACAUAGGCAAAUAAGUCUUUAUUUCCCUAAUGUUUCAAGGUACUUCAGUUGUAGGAAUAUCACUCUUUCCGUAGUAUAUCAAUACUGCUAUCACUUAUGGCGCAGCAGUUAGUUGUGGUGCUGGAUAGGCUCAAUAUAGUGGUGCAGGAUAAGUAAUCUAUUAGGGUGUUAAUUGUACUGGUUGUUUAGGUAUUGUAUUAGUAUAUAAUACUGUUACAACUAUCUAGUGAUUUUACCAUCAUGUUUUUGCAAGCUGUUGACAUUUUAAGACCACUAAUGGUCUUGUAACAGGACAUCUUAACUAGAAAUCUACAA